UGCCAAACCAAAGAGGGCGGGUGUGUAUUGCAAGGCAACAGAGAGGAUUGCAUCAGCGAGUUUAGAAUGUCAUACUUUCGCUUGGCAGGCCGAUGGAGCGGGAUGACUGUAAAUAAUGGGUUUAUCAAUGAUGCUUUACACAACCUUAUGAGUUGAAUACCAGAUACAAUACCAGUGUCUCCUGACAGCGAUGUGUACCAUGUGAUUGACUGGCAUUGCUUGCCUGGCCAAUAAUUCCUGAAAAGAUCUUUUCUUACAUUUAUUUUCAGCGUUGUUCUAAAGUCUUAUGCAUAAUGACUGAUCUUUAAUACUGCAUUAACUGCUGUUUUUCAAGACUAAAACUUGUCUUGUUUUCAGUUCCCUUCACCGUAAUUUAUCAAUGUUGCCAGUAAAAGACACCAAUUCUAAGAUUUUGGAUCCCGGCUCUAGUGGAAUGAUGGAUUUUAGUCCACUAGAUACACAGAGAUGGGUAGGGCUGCGUACCAGAAUGGAGGAAGAUCGAGCAAAAAACAUGGAACAGCUUGAGCUGGAUGUUCUAGCAUGUACAGCUCUGAGAGGGCCACUGGGUACUACUGCCAACAUGGAACAGUCAGUGAGCAGCAGAAGGGAGAAUGGUCAAGGAAAGAAUAUGGAACAAAUUGACCACAGUAUUCCAGGUUCUGUAGGCAAAUCUGGACCAGUAGUAGCAACUGCAAAUAUGGAACAUACUUCCGAGUCACAGUCACUUCUGUUGUUGCUUCUUCGUAUGUCAAAGAGUUGUCCUUACAAAGAUGUCAGAAAGAAGAGCUCUGAGAUCCUGCAGGCUGCCCAGGACAGAAGAGUUAAGAUUCCUCGGCCAUUAGGACAUGGGCCAAGCUCCUUUAUUCCACUGGAAGAGAUACAGCAAGAAGGUGUUGAUGGCUCUGAGCAGCAUAUUUUCAUGGAGGCCUUUAUAGCAGCAGGAAGGGUAGACAAUGUUAUGACAGUGAUGGGCCUGCACCCAAAGUACCUCUCUUGUUUCUGGGCGACUCAUCAUUACUUAUUGCGGAUGGAUAGCCCAUUGCCAUUCCCUGUUCGGCACUAUAUUGCUAUAAUGGCAGCUGCUCGGCAUCAGUGUUCUCAGCUUGUGAAUCUACACAUUAGUGAGUAUAUUCAUGUGGGUGGUGAUCCUCUGUGGUUAAAUGGAAUAAAAUUUGCUCCAGAAAAACUAAGAAAUUUGAACGAAAUCAACAAAAUCCUGGCCCACAGACCUUGGCUGAUUACCAAAGAACACAUUGAGGCUUUGUUGAAGACUGGAGAGAACAGCUGGUCAUUAGCUGAACUUAUUCAAGCCGUGAUCCUCCUUGUCCACUUCCACUCACUUUCAUCUUUCGUUUUUGGCUGUGGAGUGAACCCAGAAUUGGAUCUAGAAGGUGGUCAUGUGUUUAGACCUCCCUCACCACGAGACUGUUACCUAGUUGGCAGCAGCCCAGGCUCAAAAGACUGCGUGAAUGGAAUAAGAGUAUGAUGAUUAUGACUAUGGACAAGUCAAUGUCCUCCUUGAGCGCAGUUUGAAGGUGUAUAUAAAAACUGUGGCGUGCUACCCUGAGAGAACAACCAAAAAGAUGUACUUGGAUUUCUGGAAGCACUUUAGGAACUCUGAAAAGGUACAUGUGAACCUGAUUUUGCUGGAAGCACGAAUGCAAGCUGCAUUGCUGUACGCUUUGCGUGCAAUCACCCGUUACAUGACAUGACAUCCCUCAGUUGUCUUCCAUCUUGAUGCACCGAGGAGUAUCUUGGCAUGGCCUUCAGGCAUCAAGAAAGUGCGAUCUACUGCAAAAUGUUGUACAAGCUUAAAAAUGAACAGCACUGUAACAUAAUUUGCAGCUACCUCCAUACGUAAAGACUAAGUUUGUGAAAUAGUGCGGACAGACCUGUAUUGGCUGACUUUUCCAGUGUUUCGUUUCCUUGUGUUUUGGUGACAACACUCCAGGGUAUUGGCCAGUUUGGUGGUUUCAGGAGAUUCCAGUUGUCAGACCAAUAAAACUGCUAUAUAGAGCUGCAUUUCUUUCUGGAAGUAGGAUUCACUGGGUGUAUGUACUGAGUGCACUUCCCAUUUCCCAGCUGUCUCUACAAGAACUUUAUAACACACCACUUGAUUCUCCUUAGUUGUGCUGGUAUGUAUGUAAAAGUUGUACUGUGAUGUUGCUGCAGAGUCAUUCCUACUGUACUGCAAUUCCCCUUGACUCUUAAAGCCUUGUAAAUAGUUUGAAUUGCAUGGUGUCAUUUUCAUCGUUUCCCCCAAAUAGUGUCAAGUCUGUUACUGCUUUUUGUGCUGCCGUGUAGUUAUUGUAACACCACAAAGGUUUGGUCAGAGAACCUUUCCUUAAACUUGUGCAUGACAUCUUAAUUCCUAAAUGAACAAUCAACAGACUGGCACUUUCUUAUGUUAUUGGACUUGAGUAACCCAUGCCAAAAAAUGUGUAUACACUCAAGUUUGGUUUUAAAAGUAGUUCUGCUUUUUGGGAUUUUUUAUGCAUUUAUUAUAUGGAAUUCUGUCCCCAAAUGCAUGAUGCUGUGUGAGAAAUGGCACUUUACUGCAAAGCAGAUGUCUGUUCUUCCACUGCAUCAGUGGAACGAGAUCAUCAAGACCAUUGGCCAUUUUAUGGUCGUGAAUGAGGUCAUAGUAGUUUGUUUUACUAUAUUUGUAUAAUGGCAAGCAGAAGUAAAAUUUUCACUGGUUGAACGAGCUGACUUUUCCAUGGAUGAAAUAGUCAUGCUUCCUGUUAAAUUCUUUUGUAUAAUUUCAUUAUUUGGAGUUGUUCUGAAGUGUAAGACAACUCUUCAGAUGCGAGUUAAAUAUUUAAUGCUCUUUAAUUAGAGCUUAGACCCUUUAUAAUUAGCCUUUACCAUAGCUUCUGUGAUUGUGUUCAUUGGAAAGCAGUGCUUUUGUGAGAAGACUGAUUUCAAAGUGAAGUUUUAGGGCAGUGUUUUUUUUUUUUGAGCCCUGAAGUUGCCACAAUACCUGUGCAUGAGGGGUGCAUAACGUGGACUUCUGCAGGGAACAGGACAAUUCCUCUGCUGCGUUAAGUUUGAGGACAAGGUGGUAAAAGUCUCUUAGCAACACAACAACCUAAUGCUGUAUCACGGUGGAGGAGCAGUUUUGUACGAAAAGAAACAAUUCAACUUUCAGUUGAAUACUAGUUUACUGGUUAAUAUCAUUGUGGCAGUGUACAGCUACCCUGUGUGCAGUAGCAGAAGAGUCCAAAGUUUCUUAGUAUGCAGUAUUUUCUGUUGCAUUACACUACUCCUAAAGCAAGAGAUUACCCCAUCACUACCACCCACCCACAAAACAAACCAGAAAAUGUAUAAGCAUUUAUAGGUUGCCGUAUACAUCAGACUGCUGUGGAAUGUAACCACCACAGCAAAUUAAAAUAAUUGAAUGUGUACCUGAAAGCAGUUGUCUCAACAUUUUAUCUGUGUGAUUUUUUUUUGAGGAAUUUAAGAGCAGAAUGCCAUAGUUCUUUUGGUUAAAUUUCAGUUCCUGAAGACUUGUGACAGUUUGUAACAAUUUUCAUCGGCAUACACACAUUUAUUUUCUUUUAGCAAGUUAGUUGCAUAUCAGAGGAAACUAGUGCCAAUUCAUGCUUGACAUUCAGUGCUUAUAAGCAAAAAAAUGAUUCAAGAAAAAAGUGCUUUGUAUUUAAAAAGUUUAUUUUCUCGUAAUUCUCAUUAUUAAUGCAAGCAAUACUUCUGUUUCAGAGACAUUGUGGGAUUUUAUUUACUAGUAGGGGAACUUAACAUUGAAGAGUAUUUCUUUAGCCAUUGACUUGACAUUGAGUAAUUGUGUUAUCAUAGGACUAUCCAUGACUAGCAGACUGAAUAUCCUUGGAGUGACUCUGGGUGUAGAAGGUAUAUGCCUGAAUAUGGCUUUACCAAGACAGUCCAGCACUAGCAGCAGUCUCCUCUUGGGUACAUAGACAACCGAUUUAAUGUUUUUGGCUAGCAAAGCAAGUGUAAGCAGUUAAGACCUUUGGGAGGGUAGCACAGCAGAGAAUUCUGCUUUCACACAAACCUAACACCAACUCAGGGCAUUUGGGAGUGCCAAGUCUCACUUUUUUACCUCCCACUGGGUAGUAAAAGCUGGGUAAUACAUUUUUUAAGGUAAAAAGUCCUCUCAUGUAGGUCUUUCCUCUGGAUUUCCUGUCAAAGCAGUGUUCUGAAAAGCCAUAUGACAGGUGUUCAGCCCAGAAACAUGAGUUGUGCACAUAACUUGUAUGCCUUAAUGCAUAUUAUAGGUCUUUUUUAUGACCAUGUAUACUUCAGGGAGAGAGCAGUACUAUUUGUAACAGGUGAGUGGUCUCUGCCCCUUAAGGUUGCUGCUUUUGUUUUGUGGCCUAUCAUUUUAUGAGACUUGUCUUUUUAUGCCAUCAGAACUCAUUUUUGCAGCCAUGUUGAUACCAAAUGUAAGGAGAGUAAGCUGUAAUCCUGAAAAGUCAGUAAGGACCACUUAGAAAAUGUAAAAGGUGUUUUACACAGACAGUUGGCAACUAUAGCAGUUCAGUAUUUGCUUCUUCCUUCUAAUGUCUUUGGAGUCAGAUUGCAAAUAAUUUGGUUUAACAGUUUUUGCCAGUGAGCUAUGACUCUUCGUUGGAAGAAUUGUUAACUUGGUCUGAUUGCACCCAUGCUGUCAAAAUUGUUUGAAAAGGUUUUCUGUACUGCUUAGAAGCAGCAGUGUACUAAUCAGCACCAAAGAACUGUGGAAGAUAGCUUUCAUUUUUUUUUCCAAAGAAAGUCCUGGGAAGUUUAUACUACAAUGGCUGUUUGUAAUUUGAUUAGCUGUGUUACAUUUUUGUGGACUUGCACCACAGCUUAGAACUCUUAUCUUAUUAAAUGUUUCCUGCUGAAAUCUAAAGUUGAGUGAUAAGUAGGUUCAUUUCCCUUAGUUCAGGGUGUCUCUUGAAGCAGAUCCAUGUAAUGGAAAUUCUCUCACCAUUGUCAUUGGUUCCAGCGUUAGUCUUUUACUAGGCAUUUCCUAUCCAGCACCAUCAUGGCACCCACAUCGGUAUGUAAAUUGGGCAAUGUCGGCAUGUGUUCAUUUUAUCCCUAAUGUGGACUCAGAUAUUCUACUGAUAUCCAGAGAAGACUGGCAUUUGGUCUUUUUUUCCACUUUGGAUUUCAUGACAGAAUUUUUGAAAAAUUUGCAGUAUUUUCACCAGUGCAGAGAUGGCAGGUAUAUGCUCAAGCACCAGUUUCUACUGAAAGACACUAUUUUCCUGCUUGGAACUGAGCUCAACAUGAACAUACAUUUUCUUGGAAGAAGAUGUUCUUUGAAAUGAUGAGCUGAACUCUAGCUCAAGUUUUUUCAGACCAUAGAAUUGUGCCCAUUUCCUAAAUCUUACCCAGAGUAAAAUGUGGAAAUUGGUUAGGUAAGAUGACUCGGAUGGCAGCUAAUUCCUCUCUUCCAUUCAUGAAAAGGUGUGCCACAAGUUGAAAUUUACCACUUCAAAAGCUUCGUAAAGUAGUGUUAACAAUAAUACAUUUUUGUGUUACAAAAUUAUAGAUAUGUUUUCUCCCAUUACAGCCAUAAUUGGUUCAAGUCAGUCUUGCUGCUGCUUUGACAAUAGUUCCAGUCUUGUGGGGCAUCCUUAACCAAAUUUGGCAAUGACAUGCAGGUUCCUUUGAGUUGACUGAUCCGUAAACCUCACCUGGUUUGAUGGCAUUCCAGCCAAAGAGCGAUUUGUCUGCUUACAGCUUUUGCUUCACUGAAUGCUGUUGUAGAAUUCUGCUGCAGAUCAUGUGAUAUUAGUCGGAAAAGACUAGCAUCUACUCAAGAGCUGGCUGUUGCCUGUUUGUCACAUGGUUUCAUCAGUGGAGGGAGAAUUUGCAGUAAAAAUUGCCAGUUCAGUAUCUGACCAUCCCUCAAUGAUAACUGUCCCACUGGUAACACUUGGAGAUGAUAGGCUGUAGCACUCCCAUUACUGGCACCUAAAUUGAGGUUAUUGCUUCAGUAUGCUUUAGGGAACUAAACAUUUAGGUGACUGAGAGCCAGACAUCCAUAGCACUUGCAUGGGCAGAAGUCCCAAGUACUGAUGUCCACUUCACCAGUGCACUACUUUUGCAGAUUCAAAAUUAUAUUUCAGAAAACGGUGAGUGGUGAGGAUAAAUUACCCUGGUAGACAAAUAUAAAUAAGAUUUUCGUACUGCCUGAUUUAUUUUCCUAACUGGGAAAAGUGAAAUUUUAGUUUGUCCUGGGGAGGGGACGGUUCUUUUAUAACCAAAUGUUACAUACCUUCAUCUUGUGACCUUAAAUUUGUUUGCAAAUCAUUCCUGUCAUCUCACAAGCCUUCUGUGGGCCAUUUGGUAAGAUCUUGUGACUGAUGCUGACAUCUGGGAACAACCCACCAGUGAAUUGGAGCCACACCCCUAGCAGAAGUCCUGGGCUUUUAAUGCCCUUCUGUUGCAUGGUUGAGCAGCUGAGUUUCAGUGCUUGAUUUCCAAAGUCCAGUGCUUGCUUUCAUCCAGGGAUAUUAGCAGAAGUUGGUUCUUGGAAUGGAAAGUAAUGGUAGUAUACCUUCAGAAUUUUGUAGUAUUGUCAGUUAUGGCACCAGCAAAUGUUAAUAUUGAUAUGCCGGAUUCCAUAACUUGUUCACUGCCAACAAGUGUGUGUGAAGUUGCACCUGUAGCAGCAUUAGCACAUCCUUUAAAUCCUGAUCCUGUUUUGAUAAAGCAUUACAAAAGUACCUUCUGGAUUCAUUACAAGUGAUGUCCGAGAACAACAUUAUUAAACAAACUUGCAGUAAUGGUCCAGAAAGUUAUGUACAGAUUUUCUCUAAAUUUUCAAAACUGCUGUGAAACCAGUCAUACAUGCUAGACAGAAAAGUAGCAGUACUUUGUUAAUAUAAGCAAUUCCUUUUUGUAUGGUAUUUGAGAUUUACAGAAAUUUUGUUUACGUAACUGUAUUAAAAAAACACAAAUGACGUUUUGUCAGCAGCAUUUACCUGACAUCUCCUGUGUCUCAAGUGUAGUGCAUUCUACAUGAACAAUUCUACUUACAUUUUAGUACCCAGCAAGACUAACAUCGGAUACCAACUCUAGACCUUGAUGAUCUGCAUUGUUUAACAUGGUGUAUUUGGUCACCUUGUAGUCUUGUCUGAAAACACACAAAAUGGCAUAUGCAUAACAAAGAAACAGGUAGCUUUCAUAAUUUGGGACAUCUGUUUUGGCCUUUAGCAGCAAGAAUCUAGCAGUAGUAGCUACCUUUCUUUGUAGUUAACUUUUUUCCCUUAUUCAGACAUUUAGAUUCAGAUUAUCCCAUCUUGUAGUCUGCUCAGUAAAGAUGCAUUCUUCACCCUUUUCUGUACCUUUACAUUAUAAUAGAUGUAGCACAUUCCCCUUUUUUCUAUCGCAGGUUUUGGAGUUUAAUGGGAUUAAUACCACUUAGCGUUCAUUCAUCUUGGAAGGUGACCUUAGCACUGUCUGGAUAACUGAUUUGCCAAGUAUUACAUAGCAGAAGCUGAGGUAAUUGAACCCAUGAUUGCAGGUUGUGGCUUGGUAGCAACUUGUACUUGUCUGGAUUGAGCCAUUUAACUUGGGAUAAAUUUCCAAAUUAAGUUCACGGUCAAGAGACUGUGUUCAUUCUUGAGGUCUAAACUCUGUGACUGAAAAUCUUAUCUUACUUCCAUUUGAGCCUUCUGCCACUUGUGAACUGGAAUGGCUGCUUUGGUGAUUUUUAUCAUCCAAAAUGACUUACAAGCUCUCCAUUUCUCUGUUCACAAGAUUUACCCCAUCCUUAUAAAAAGAUAAAGUCCUGCAAAUGUUGUUCUUUAUGGGUACAGUUACCAGUACUUUCCUUUCCCAGAAAAUGUAGCUUCACGUUUCUUGUGCAAUUCUGGUAUUUAAAGCAGACUGAAUUAUUUCACAGUCGUAACUCUCACUUUUGCAAAAGGAGAACUGUUGUAAAUGAACAAAAAUAUUGUUCGAGUUGUUGCUGCUUCAGUAAUUUUAUCAAUUUGCCAUUGGAAGAUUUCUGCUCAGCAAUGUUUGCUUCUUCACAUCCUUUCAUUAUGUAGUACAUAUUGUGCUGUUUGACAAAAGUUCUUUUUGAAGGUCAGUAAUGCAAUUUUCUUAUUAGAAGGGAGCAUUUGUUCUUGUUCUCUUUCUCCCUUUGUAGUUUAUGGUAUCUGCUUGAUAAUCUUUUUCCAGUUUGUGGAUCUUUUGCGGAUGAUGCCCUGAAGCAAGUUGAAACAGUCAUUUGAGGAGCUCACCAUUAACAGAGCUUUGAGGGUUCCUUGCAGCAGAUAUUUAGGUUCCUGUCCAUACACUUCUUUCUUGCAAGAAUCUUGCAAUUGUGAAGGUGGGUUAUUGUAAUCACUUGGAUAAGUCCAUUCAGCAUUUGUGGAAAGUGUUUGAGGUCAAUAAAGAACUGAAGAAAAUGCUGUUGCCAUCCAUCCAUUUUGUAUGUGGACAUGGCUUUCACAAUUACUGGUAACAGUGGGUUAGACCAUUGACAGACUGAGGGAGGAAAAAGCUGCAUUGGUAAGCAUCUGCUCUCCCAGAUGCCUAUUACAGCACAGUUGGCAAGAUUUGAAUGUCAGAUGCCAAGUUCACCAGAUCUUCCACUUCUAAUCUAGAUGUUAUUUGAAGGUUUUAUAGUGGCUUCUAAAACUGUCAAGGAACACACAAGUCAUAAAUGCCUACCAUUGCAUUUCUUGGCAGAGACUUAAAUAAUGUUGAGGAGGUCUUUGUGGUGGCAAAUUCCCAAACUGUUAAUGGUUUGCCAGUUAACUUAAUUGCUUUACAUUUGUUUACUAGUUAGGCAUAAUCUAAUUAUCCCAUAAUGAUAGCGGCAUCAUAUCCAAGUAGGGCAUACUGAUUCAGCCAGGCCAUCAGCAGCAUUUUGCUGGAGACUUCUUUCUGUAUGUUCAGUACACGUUUUUAAAAGUAACAUUUGUGAGAAUCAUUUCAAGAAGUGCUCACACAUAAAAAGAUAGUCUUCCUGCAGGUACUUUU